AUGAAAAAUCCGCUCAGUGCACCCUUCGAGCUUGAAAGCUCUUCUUUUCAGACUCCGGCAGCUGUUGUAUCCGACGAAUGCGCCACUGCAUUUGACCUUGACAAUCGCAUUCACUAUGAUCUGACGCCUCCUGGUGAAAAGGCCGAAUUCGAGCAAGAGGUGUUGCCAGUCACGGAUCCCAUCUCCGUCACAACGCAACCUCUAGUAGCCAUCAUCGGUGUCGGCUACGUUGGACAACACCUUGCUCAAGUCUUUUCAAGAGCGUACAAUGUUCUCGGAUACGACAUUUCCGAAUUCAGAAUCCAUCAUCUCAAGAAAACCUUUGAGAGCAACGACAGAGUGAGCUUUUCAUCAUCGCCAUCAGCAAUGAGCCAGGCCACACAUUUCCUCAUAUCAGUGCCAACGCUCCUGCUACCAGACAAGCGCAUCGACUCGUCGUUUCUCCGCAACGCACUGUCCACAGUCGCCCAGAUCGCGCGGCCAGGAUCAACAGUCAUCAUCGAGAGUUCCGUCGCCGUCGGCAUGACGCGCGAAUAUCUCGGACCGCUCGCGAGGAACAGGGGCCUCUUUGCAGGCAUGUCGCCCGAGAGAGUUGACCCCGGCCGGACAGAGCCUCCCGCACACGCCAUACCCAAGAUCAUCUCCGGCCUGGACGACGAGGUCCCGGGCUCGCUGGCCGCCAUACACGAGCUCUACUCCAGGGUCUUUGACCAGGUGACUCCCGUGUCGAGCCCAGAGGUGGCCGAGAUGACGAAGCUGUACGAGAACUGCCAGCGAAUGGUGUGCAUUGCCUACGCAAAUGAAAUGGCGGAUGCUUGCGUCUCGCACGGCAUCGACCCGUUUGAAGUGUGCGGUGCGGCUGCGACCAAGCCCUUUGGCUAUAUUACUCUUAUGCCUGGCCUUGGGGUAGGAGGCCAUUGUAUCCCCGUCAAUCCCUACUACCUGUUUUCCAAUAACAGCUUCCCCAUUCUACGGGCGGCGUGUGAGAAAAUGACGCGCCGGCCGGGGGAAAUUGCAGAGCGGGUGGUGACGAGGCUGUGUAGACGGCUGCCCUUUUGUCGGCCGCGCAUCUUGGUGGUUGGUAUGGGUUUCAAGCCAGGACAGGCUCAUCUGAUAAACUCCCCUGGGUUGGAGUUGGCAAAGAGCUUGGUCCUGGCGGACAAGGUCGAAGUCAGUUGGGUCGAUCCUCUUGUUUCUCAAGAGUCCAUCCCUCAGAUUCCCAGGUUCGACGAAAGGGACUGGUCCGUUGCUUCAUUGGAGGCGAGCUUUGAGUUGAUAAUAGUUGCCUUCAGGCAGAGUGGUCUGAAUUUUGAGCUGCUGGGACAGCUGCGAAAUGUCGAGGUCGACAUGUGGUGUCGGUGA